AGACUGCAAGCACUGGAGCUAUAUCGCAGACACAUCUUACCUGCUAACAUGGAACUACUAGCAAAAGAUUGCGAGCAAGUAACGGCACCAGCAUUUGAGGAUGUUAUGGAAGCUAUUGGCGCAAGAGGGAAGUUCCAGAGGAGAUUUAACACAAUCUUCACUUACUUGGGUGCCACUGUCAAUCUGAUGAGUGUACAUUUGUAUUACCUGGCAAUGCAGACUCCCGACCAUUGGUGUUACGUUCCUGGCAGAGAGAAUACUGGUUUGACUAUUGAUGAGUGGAUGAACUUAACUAUACCCAGGGAACAGGGUACGUUCAGCAAGUGCACGAUGUACAACGAUAGCCAUACGUACAAGGCUGCCAACAUUUCAGAAAUAACCUGCCAACACGGUUGGGCCUACGACAACACGUGGUCCUCCAUGACUGUGCCAUCGCAGAUGAACUGGGUGUGCAGUAACAAGCACAUUGUCAAUGACAUCAUGUUUUACUCGCAAUAUGUCGCUGCUGUAAUGGGACUGCUCUUCGGCUACGUGGGAGACAUGUGUGGCCGCCGCUGGCAGCAGUUCCUGUGCUUGGCAGCCCACAUGAUCAGCAGGGUCGUGCUGAUUCUCGCACCAUCUAUUCCCAUGUUAUUUGCUGUGGGGGUGUCUCUGGUGGCAGCUGCAAGUGGACCAAUGCUCGAGUCAUCACUGUCUGUCGGACUCGAACUGACAACCAUCAAGCACCGUACGACUAUCAGCGCCAUGGCGUGCCUUUGUGCAGGAGCUGGAAUGAUGGCGGCUGGUCUGGUGGCGUGGAUCAUGCCCUAUUGGAAUUUUCUCUUCCUCUUUGCUGCAUUAUGUUGUCUUGCAUUGUUUUCAUUUUUCAGGUGUUUCCCCGAGUCGCCGCGCUGGCUGGCCUGCAGGGGGCGCCAGGAGGAGGCGCUCAGCCUGGUGCAGCGCAUCGCGGCCGCCAACGGCACUGCCGUGCCUCCGUUCACUCAGAGGGUGCUACGCAACGUGGCCAGGAGCAAGCGCGACAGGAAGGGACUGCUCAGCAUUUUCUCCAGCUGGAACCUCUUGAAAAAUACAACAGUACUCGUCAUCGUCAGGUCCGUGCACGUGCUGACGAUGUUCUCGCUGGUGCUGAGCGUGGGCGGUGUCAGCGACAACCCGUUCGCCUCGGUGGCCGCGCAGGGGGCAGCCCAGCUGCUCGGCUACCUGGCCGUCCGCCACUGUGCGUCCCGCUUCGGCCGCCGCUGGUCCGCUGUCGCAGCUCCUGUGCUGGCCGCUGCCGUUGGUUCUGCCAUCAUUCUCCUCAUGACAGCAGAUGCAUCCGGCACCUCCAUCACCGUGAUGACCAUCAUAAUGCAGUUCUGCACCACGGCUAGUGGUGCUAUAUCCAACCUACAGAGCCUGGAAGUGCACCCCACGUGUCUGCGGCAGAUCACAGCUUCUGUCGAGUGGACGGCGGGAUCAGUGGAUCGCCGGCUGCCAUUCGCCAUCCUCUCCGCACUGAACCUUCUGGCAGCUUUUGCUGCAUCUUUCCUACCAGAAUCUGCAUUACAGAGAUUGCCUGAAUCUUUGGAGGAUGCCGCGUUGUAUGGCAAAGGCCGCCGCUGCACCAUGCUGGUUGGUCUGUUGAUGGCCGCCCCCGGACUGCUGCAGAUGACUGCUGGUGAUGUGUCGUACUCGCAUAUGUUACCAUGCCGCCAUCGUGCGUGGACAACUAAACUGCACCUGGACAAAUCAGAACUGCUGCGGAUGGCAGAAACUGCCUUUCCUCAGCGCUCUGGCCAGAAAGGCUUCAUAUCGGCAGAUCUAUUUCUCUUUUAUUGA